GGAGAGAAGGUGGGUUUUGGCGAAGGUAUAAAUUCUGCCGGAGGUGCCGGAAAUGAGACAGGGGUUGUCGGCGAAGUCUGAGAGUUUUUCGAAGCAGUAGGUGUGAAGGGCAAGGUGGUUGGAGAUGGGAAUGUCGGGUAGUCUUGACCGGAAUAUGACGGUCUCCGGAGGUGAUGACGGUGGUGCUGAGGGGGAAUUAUCAUGUUGAGAGGAGGAGACGGUGAUCAUGGCUUCUCCAUUUUAGGGGGAAUUAUCAUGAUGAUCAUGGCUGAGGGGAAAUUAUCAUGUUGGGAAGUGUCGGAAUCAGAUCUCCGUCGCAACUUCUCCUCCGGCGCUAAGCUCAUCAUCACCCACUCCAUCUUCGUCGAUAAAAUCCAAACCGGAACCACGGUGAUCACCGUCGAUGACCCAUCGCUGGAAAAAUCCUGCCUUUCAUUCGCCGUUCUCUCUGACGCCGACGAGUCUGAACUUGCUGAACUAAUUUCCAUAUCCCCUGAGGACACGGUGGCGCUUCCUUUCUCGUAUGGAACGAUGGGUCUGCCGAAAGGGGUGAUGUUAACUCACCGGAGCAUGAUAACGAGCAUCGCGCAACAAGUAGAUGGAGAAAAUCCGAAUCUUUUUCUGAAAAGUGAUGACGUUGUGCUCUGUGUUCUUCCCCUGUAUCAUAUAUUUUCUCUCAACUUUACUUUGCUUUGCUCGCUGAGAUUGGGUGAGGCGGUUGUGACAAUGCCGAAGUUCGAGAUUGAAGCAAUGCUGAGACUGAUACAGAAGUAUAAGGUGACGGCGACGGCGGUGGUGCCGCCGCUAGUGUUAGCUUUGGCGAAAAGUCCUCUGAUGGAGAGCUUUGAUUUGAAUUCUAUAAGAAUUGUACUGUCGGGGGCGGCGCCGCUCGGGAAGGAGCUUCAAACCGCGCAAUGCCGCCGGCUGCCGCAUGCCGUCUUCGGCCAGCCUCCGGCGCUAAACUCAUCAUCACCCACUCCAUCUUUGUCGAUAAAAUCCAAACCGGAACCACGGUGAUCACCGUCGAUGACCCACCGCCGGAAAAAUCCUGCCUUUCAUUCACCGUUCUCUCUGGCGCCGAACUUCACGAGGAAGAAGAAAAUAUAUGGUGUAUUUGGCAAGGCAUUUGCGUCUUUCUCUUACCCUCAAACAACGGAAAGCAGCGAAAGCAGGAGUCUGCUUCAGGAUCAAAAAAGCAGCCGCGGGAUGCAAAAUUUUGAGAACGGAGCACAACCUCGUCUCCCCAAACCCCAACUCGGUUGCGUUUCCUACCGUACAGCAGCGAAAAUGGCGUCCCAAACGCACCCUGAGUGCAAGUCACUAGGAUCAUCCUGCUUAUCUGUGUGUUAUUCCCUUUCCUGUGAUGUAUCUCAAUGUCUCUUCUUGCUUUGAAAGGUCUUUGAAAAUUGAAUGUAAAUGAGUCGAGUAAUGGGACUAUCGAGCUCGACUCAUCAAUCGAAAAACUAGCUCGAACUCAACCUCGUCCAACAAUAAACAAGC